AUGGCCUCAAAGGCAAAAUCCCCCAUCCUCGCUGCUCCGCUUGAGAUUCGACUCGAAAUAUACCGCCACACGUGGAGGAUCCCAUUCAGCGACGCCGAAAGACUUUAUGAGCAGGCUGUCAGACGACCGAGUGGCCAGGCUCGUCUAUAUCACGAGAUUUACUACUUUAUGCUCCAAGUCGAACAACUUCAUGCGCUGGUGUCUAUCUGUUGGCAGAUCCGCGACGAGGUCCUUUUGGAAUACUUUCAUCAAACUCAAGUUAGCGUUUCCAACUGGCGGGAGCAUAACUCCAUGCUUAAAGAGGUACUACCUCUACCUUACGAUGUGCAACAUAUCCAGUCCUCUCUUCUAUUCGUGUCCUAUACUCAGCACGUCAGUCUUUUUUGGAUUGCAGGUGAACCUGAUCUCAUGACCAGAACCCUGGACUGGCUAUUGCAGCUGAAGCAACUCAAGACUCUCGAGCUGAUUAUCAAUCGGCCUUCGCAUAAUAUGAAGUCAGCUCCCAACGAGAUUCUUGACUCCAGUCUCUUUGGGAGACUUACAACCUUGCGCAACCUGGAGAAGAUCGUUGUCAGGAUCAAUGGUGGUCUUUGGAAGGAAACGCCCGAGGUCCAGAGGAUUGAAGACAUCCUCUCGAAAUCGGUGCGGGAGGACCUCAGACAGCCAGAGGCACAGCCGACCUACGUAUUCGAGGAGCUCAUCGGCUGAGGCCCUUUUUGACGCGAUCUCUCUGCCGUGUAGAAUUUGACGCAACCCUCAAGGCGCUUCAUUUCCUUCGGCUUUUCUUGCGAAUCAAAGUUGAAUUUGCGACGACAAAGGUUUCUCGACAAGAUGGUAUAGUGGACUGAAGGGGGCAGGCUUUCUAAGUCGCACGUUUUCAGGCACUCAACCUUCAUUAUAUCCCGAUAUUCAUUUCAAUGAUGUCCUUUUCGUUCCUACAGUCCCCUAUGGCGAUCCGAGCGUUUGUCGGUGCAUACACAUGCAGGUCGUCCCCUUCUGGUCGCUGAGAAAGACCAGACAGUCGUACGACGAAUUUGAGUUGAUCCGUUAGACGCAUAUUCAAUUUUUUCUUCUUGUUGAAUGAGUCAGUUGGUUGGGUUUCCUCGUCGUGCGCUCGCUACCUUUGAGGUAGUUAUCAAGUGAUGAAUUUCUCUCGUUCCUAAGGGAGGUUGUUG